AUGGCAGGAAGGAAGCCCGGUGUGAUUGCUUUGUUCGAUGUAGAUGGGACUCUAACAGCCCCAAGAAAGGUUUGUUUCUCCCUUUAAUCUUACGAUUUAUGUUGAUGUGAUUCUUAAUGCUGCUUGUCUGCUUCAUGCCUUAGAUAAGCACUUUAGUGGACUGAAAUUAUGUAGAAUAUAAAGAAGUUACCAUUGUACCUGUAUAUGAAUUGCUGGAAUAUCUUUUGAGUAUUGGAAGAAUUUAGCGGCUACUGUCUCACAUGAAUAGUUCUUAUUUAAACAUCUGAUGAGUGUAUAAUCCACAGGGGGUGACUCAAGAGAUGCUUGAGUUUAUGCAUAAGCUACGAAAGGUAAUCCCCGCAUACUUUCAUUUGUAUCGCUUGAGCUUUGAUAUUUGACGGCAGAAAUCCUGGCAAAAGUGUUCUUAUCUUGCUUGUAUACUAUAGUAAUUAGUUUAAUCAGAGAUCUUGUAUAUUGAUGGCAGGUUGUCACUGUUGGUGUUGUUGGAGGUUCGGAUCUCGUAAAGAUAUCUGAACAGCUUGGUAGUACUGGUUAGUCCUCCACAAGCUCUUGGCUACAAGGGCAAGAGCAUAACAUCAUCUUCUAAGUGUUUAACUUCUUAAAUGUGAUAUUUCCACAUGUGCGUAGAUAAUUUUCGAUUUAUCAAUGACCAUUUUUUAUAUUUCCCCAACUUUGUUACUUAUUAAUUUGAAUGUCUAUUUAUUUUGCUAUAAUUUUCUUUCCGAUGAAAAGUGUACUUUUUUUUACUAGAUGGAAGCAAAACGUUGUUUUCUAAAUGGAGAUAUUGCCACCGUUUAGAAGUCCUUUUCAUUAUGAGUAUCAAAUUCCAUUAUGUUUAGUGCUUAUUGUUGCUUGUUUUCUAAUAUGAACUCCUCUAUUCUUCGUUGUGGGUCAUUUUUUUUUAAAUCCUUGUCACAGUUGAAGUCGGUAGUUUUCUUAUACAUAUUUAGGUGUUUUCCCAAUGGCUCAUAUUCUCUUGAACCUGGGAAUUGUCAAUUCAAUCUUAUCAUGUCAUCUAGAUGUUUUUGCUUAUGGGGAAUUAAUUCUAUGCUCGGAAUUGUAUAUAGCAUGAUCGCCUGGAUUACCAGUCCCUCUUGAAGCGUAGUGACUUUCAUGUCAUAGAAAUCCAAAUCAUGAUUCGAGAAGUAAGCAUAAUAUGCGCAUUGUGCUCUCCGUCUCACUUCGAAGGGUGAAAAUAAAUUCAAAUCUCUCUUAAGAAUGGAAACGUUACUUCUUUAAUAAAAAAUUGUACUUUUCAUCCCAUUUUAUGCAUUAUAAUUAGCCAAAAUGGCGGUAAAUAGGUUUUUCAGCUUUUAGUUAACAGCUGGGUUUGUCGAACUUACUGCAACAUAUUUGUCUUAACCCAUUAAUUUUUUUCUAUUUGCAGUCAUCACAGAUUAUGAUUUUGUGUUUUCUGAGAAUGGCCUUAUUGCACACAAAGAUGGGAAGCUCAUUGGACGUCAGGUAUUCUUGGAAAAAGUUUCCCAUGUUAUGUUUUCCUUGGAAGAGUUUGAUGUUUGCUCUUUGUGUCAGUAAUUCUAAGACAUCGAUUUUUUUCUUUUCCAUCACAAGUAGAAUUCAUCCAGCAAUUUGCAAACAUUCUGUCGUUCGCCUCUUUUGCAAAUGCAAGAUAUGCGUGAGAAUAUUACAACAAUGAAAUGAAGAAAAUAUUUUUUUUUUGCUUAAUUAAAUGGACCUACUUAUCACAUUGUCAGUUGGUUUUGUGUCAGUGGUUUGGAUUCAUUCUCAUUUUACAGAGCUCCAGAUUUUAUCCUAUGCUGUCGAUUUCUUUUAUUUUGUUUAGUGAGAGGACAUACUAGAAUUAUCUCGCAAUAAAAGAGAAAAAUAAUUAAAUUAAAAUAAAAUGUACAUAUUCCACGUACAGCCAAUUGGUUUUCAGUUGGACAGUUUUAUUCUUUCGGAAUAUGGAACUCUUCCACUUUACAACUGUCAACCUUUCCCUGUUCUCGGAUGUCUCUUUAUUUUAUGAGUGAAACCUAGCAGGAAUCAAGCUAAAGUCUGAUUUGGUCGAUUACUUUUGGAGAAAUAUGAGAUUUGUGGAAGUUGAAUGGUUAAAUGCUUCGCAUACAGUAAAUAUUUUAAUUUCACAUGAGGAAAUUUGAAAUUUAUAACACUGAAAUAGAAAUCAAGACAUGUGAAACUGCCAACAAGCCACGUCCGAAUUGUUUCAUGGAGAAUGACAUUGAUGAGGAAUUGAUACUUGAUAUUCAGGCACGCCAAUGCUUGUUGGGAAUUCCAAAAAUGUAAUAUUUUCUACUAAAUAAACAGGUCCAAUUUAAGCAAGAAGCCAUGUAAAAUGUCUUCAGCAUUUGACAAGCGUCAGCAUAAUGUGGAAUUUGACUAGGAAACUUAUCUUAUUGCGUCUAAAAGUAUGGUUAUUUCAUCCAGCGAUUUGACAAGGCUAACGUGUUUGGCUACAGUCAUUGUUAAGUGUAAGAGCAUUGUCUUCUGCUGAAGGCUAUGUUGUAAUUGUCUUCAGUCAAAAUGAAUUUUGGUCACCAAAGACGACGUUUUACAUAUGAGACAUUUGGAAUAGGAUCGAUAGAUUUAUCAUGCGAUUGCGUAGCCCCAGUAUUUUACUGUCGAGCUGUCUGGAUCCAAUUGGAUAGACACGCUCUUCCACAUGGUUUCUUAAUCGGAUUCCAACGGAUGUUUCUGUUAUUUAUUUUGCAGAGCUUGAAAACAUUUCUUGGGGAAGAGAAGCUCCAGGUUUAGUGUUUCCUCCUUGAACCAGAUGUCUGGAUAUCUAUGCUUUUAUCGUUUUGGACACUUAUAGACUAACAUUUAUUUAUUUGUGUAGGAGUUUAUUAAUUUUACUCUUCAUUAUAUUGCGGACUUGGAUAUUCCAAUUAAAAGGUCGACCAUAGAUUGUCUUUUUCCCCUUCACGUAUGAUUAGCCAAACACCCAGAGAUAACCCUACUGAUUACUGCUUUCUCAGGGGGACCUUCAUUGAGUUCCGAAGUGGGAUGCUUAAUGUUUCUCCAAUUGGACGAAACUGUAGCCAAGAAGAGCGCGAUGAGUUUGAGCAGUAUGAUAAGGUAUAGAUGUAAAGCGUCUACAGAAAAUUUCACUCAUGUUUCAAUUAUAUUAAUUUUCACGCCUUCAAUUUGGGUAAAUUGUCUUUUGAUAGGUACAUAACAUACGCCCAAAAAUGGUGUCUAUACUUCGGGAGAAGUUUGCGCAUUUAAACCUGACUUUUUCUAUCGGAGGACAGAUAAGUUUUGACGUAAGUGUUAUCCAGAUAUUCGAAUUUACCGUCUUAUAAAAGGAUGGUGAAAGGAAAAACUGCUGCUGAGUUCGUCCUCCCUAAUAGGUAUUUCCCCAAGGAUGGGACAAGACCUACUGUUUGAGAUACCUAGAUGAGUUUCAAGUGAUUCACUUCUUCGGUGACAAAACAUACAAGGUAAUUUCUUUGGGCCGUCACUUUUCUCUUUUUCAUCCAAAAAAAAAUUAGAUGGUCCUGAUAUUUCUCAUCUUUCUAAGCCGAACAUAAUCAUUCAGGAAACCAUAUGCUGUCUUGUAGUUCUUUGCAUAUGAUUGUAUCAUAUGAUUAUUGUGCUUAGCAUGAACUAGUAAUCUAUUGGCCCACCACUACUUCAUUGGGUGUAUUCAUUUUAUUGGGAACACAAAUCUUUUAUUUCUGGCUGUCGUGGACACAGAUGUUGGAUGUACGGACAAUAUUGGUAGUACAAUAUGGCAUCUACCUUCUGUGCAGUCAGGAAAAAAACCAAUUCAGCAGAAUUGGCGUCCCAGUGUUUCAUGUUCUCAGCUGAGAUAUAUUUCCUUCUUUUCCAUCCAUCUUGUCCAAUUUUUUAUUCUUGACCAUGGGUCAACAUUAGAGGUGGUUUCUUGCACCUUUCGUUGAUCUCACUACGGUUUCUUACCCUUCUCUCAUCGUCUAUCGUUGUUGGAAUUUGGCAUCACAUGCCGUGCAUUAUUUCUCACAACCUAUGCUUUUAUAAAGCUUAUUACACUUGUUCGUGAUGUACAUUUUGAUGUUUUUUUCGCAGGGAGGAAAUGACCAUGAGAUAUAUGAAUCUGACAGAACCAUUGGUUAUACAGGUACGCUACCAUUCUUCAUGUGUUUGAUUACCCUCGUUUUCUUUUAUUGCCAGCUUUCAGAUGAAAUUUGAAUGGUGAGAUCAUUGUGUUCUUCUGACCGAGUUCUCCACGCAUUUUCUUCACAGUCAAAAGCCCCGAGGACACGGUGAACCAAUGCACAGCUGUUUUCCUGAGUUAA